GCCUACUGAAAUAUGAUGACAAGAGAUAAGCAAGUAUGAAAUUGGUAGUGUAACAUAGAUUAAAUUCCCAUGAUGAUAUGUAACCAAAACCAACAAACAUUUUCCAGAAAAAGUUGAGAUCCAUAAUCCUAACAAACAAAACAUUUCUGAGAAGAAGGGGGUGUGGAAGAAGGAGAGGAAAGAGUAAAUCUUGAAUCAGCCCUCAUGACCACCCAGAUAAUUAUCAGGUUGCAUAAAGAAGAACUUACGUUUUAAAGUAUGAGCUUGAAAAUACUGCACAUUUGUUCCUGGUAGCUCUCCUACAGAUACACAUGGUUGCUGAUGUGUUGGUGUUUAUUAAAAUUUAAAUAUCUUACACAAAUAGAUUUAUCUGGCAUCAGAACCUUUUAUUUUUUCCCUUUUGACUCAAUUUUUUGGAUGUUUAUUGUAUUUUUGGUUUCAGCUGUUAGUACUCUUUAUGAAUCUCAACUUUUUGGAUUACAAGAGUUUCUUUCUGGACUGAACUGACCUGGAUACACAAUAUGCAGAACAGCACUGCUGAAGCUGAUGGAAACAUAAUGGGACCAUGUAAUGGGACUUCAUCCACACAGACAGAGACCUCAGAGUUUUCCACGGGUGUGUUGGUACUCCUGGGUCUGCUUAUGGUGCUGCUAGCUCUGGUCACAGUCCUUGGAAAUGUCCUGGUGAUCCUUGCUUUCAUUAUGGACAGAAAUCUCAGGCAUCGGAGUAACUAUUUUUUUCUCAAUCUUGCUAUUUCUGACUUUGCAGUGGGUGUGUUCUGCAUACCACUGUACAUCCCUUAUGCCCUGACAGGGACCUGGCACUUUGGAAGAGGCCUGUGCAAGCUCUGGCUAGUUAUGGACUAUCUCGUGUGCACAGCUUCAGUGUUUAACAUUGUCCUUAUCAGCUACGACCGUUUCCUGUCAGUUACAAAGGCUGUAUCUUACAGAGUUCAGCGGGGAAUAAUGUCCAACCCUAUUGUCAAGAUGGUGGCCAUCUGGGUCUUUGCCUUCCUCCUCUACUGCCCAGCAAUUCUCUUGUGGGAGUAUGUGGCCGGCUGCAGCACGGUGCAGGAAGGGCAGUGCCACGCUGAGUUCUUCGACAACUGGUACUUCCUCCUUUGUGCGUCCACCCUGGAGUUCUUUGUGCCGCUGAUCUCGGUCACCUACUUCAACGUGCACAUCUUCAACAACAUCCAGAGGCGCCAGAGGCGUGGCAGCAUUCAGGACUCUGAGCCUCCAAGGAGCAGCAGCUCAUCCUGGAGAUCUUGCUUCUUGCCAAGAUCUGAUGUGUCAUCUUCGUUGGAAAUGGAGGACAGUGUUUCAUCAUUAACGAGGUCAUUGAGACCAUCACUGGGUUCUGCCUGCCCAUCUCCAGCACCAAUGAGUCCCCACACCUCUCAAAAAGGACUUCUCUGCUUCUUUCCGCACAAAUGCUAGGUCAAAACUGCAAAGAGACAAGAAAAUUGCUAAAUCGCUUGCCAUAAUUGUUUGUGUCUUUGCCGUUUGCUGGGCACCAUAUACUUUACUAAUGAUUAUUCGUGGGGCCUGCCAAGGAAGGUGCAUCCAUAGCUCCCUUUAUGAAAUCACCUUUUGGCUUUUGUGGCUCAAUUCCUCUCUGAACCCAUUUCUUUACCCACUCUGUCACAUGAGGUUUCGAAUGGCUUUUCUGAAAAUAUUAUGUCCCAAAAGGUUUGCAAAGUUGAGAUCACCUUCUAUUUAGAGAGCUGAAGUAAAUGACUUACAAAUAAGGUUUGUCUCUUACUUAGUGAUUAUUUUUUUUUCAUAGGUAUCUUCAACAGAAACAGAGAAAAUAUUUUGUUGGCUGGGGACAUUGGUUGAAUGCAGUAGAGGCAUGUACUUGCUCUGAUUUGUAGUUUUCAGAUUUUUUUUUUCUGUUAAUAUUGGUUCAUGCAAGGAUGAACAACAUCUAGUGCAACAAAUUACCUGGUGUUGUUGGAUGUCCUUUCUGGUUUGAUGUACUCUUUUUUAUUUUUAUUUUUUUUAUUAUUAUUUUUAUUAUUUUUUUUUUUAUUUUUAAUCUGGUAUUAAGAAAGAACUCUUCUAUGGAUAUUGCCACAGACAUUCAUUGGAGGGAGAUACCUCUUUUUGUAGGUGCUGAGUAAAACUUUAAUAUCCCAUUUGUGAAUCUAAAGAUUUUAGUGAAAAAAGCAAUUCUGCUGUAUUUUUGAAAGGUCAUGUAAAAUCCUCACAGAAGCAGUAUUAUUUCCUUUAAAGAAAGUGUUAUGAAGACAACACAGUGCUCUGUAGUGAUUAUGUUUACCAGGCUGGGCAAUAUGGAAGUGAACAGACUGCCUAAUCUGGUAUAUCUGUGCCUUUCUAAUUAUAAUAUUGUCCAUAUUUGGUGUUGCAGGACAUCAUACAUGUAAGUUAGUAACUCUGGAUCUUUUUUAGAAAAUGAAUGUUUCCAUGGUAAUGAAUUUUUGAAAUUAUCAAAAUUGUAACAGACAUAAACAGUUGUUGCUCCUUUCUCCUGAUAGUGGCUUCCUCUUUGGUCAUGCUUCAAUGAUCUUUAGUGCCAGAUUUGUGCACUAUUUGAUUACCUAAAGGAUAGGACAAUCCUGCAUUCCCGAUCACAUUGCUGUUGACUUAGCAGAGCAAGCAAUACAAAGCUCAUGCUGGAUUUGUGACUUUGACUGGCUGCAUGAGAACAGACAAUACCCCCCCGGGUAGAAAGCUUUGCAAAUACAAAGAUAUUCCAUCAAAAUGACCGGGGCAAAUCUGAACUGACAGAAUGAUUUAUAUUCUAGAUCAGUUCUUUGUGCCAUGUUACUGUGAUAAUAUGUGGAUUUUCUCUGCCACUGAAUCAGCAUCAAGCUGGAUAUUCUCUAUAGCUGAGUGAGGGCCAUAUUCACUGCUUGAGAAUGGGGUUCACAGAGAUCUGUCUGAAAGCUGACGCAGAAGUGUCUUAAGCAGCUGUGAAUGAACUGUGGGUGAAUAGGCAGUGCUGGAAAGAGUGGGGAAUGUGUUGGAGAGGGCAAUAGAGCUUGAUUAUAACCCAUUCCACAUGCCAAAUUUUCUUUGUGUUUGGUGUUGGAAGUUGCACAAGGCUUUCACAGAUAGGUGAGAGUGACUGGCUAUUUUUUUUUUCUCCUAGUGUGUAUACACACAAAUGUAUAAAUUACAGAAAGAGGGACUGGAUGCACAGAAUAAUGAAGAUUUAAGUAGUCUUCUUUUGAAAUAAAUAUCUAAUUUGAAAUGGGCUGUAGACGUGUUGCAAAAUCAGAGGACUCAUUUGUAAGCACAAUUUGAAUGUAUGUAAACAGCUCAACCAUAGCAAAGAACUUUUUUUUUU